AUGAAAAGCAUGACUAUGAGCCAGUCUGCAGAUGCAUGUCCACAGAAAAGCCAUAAGUCUCUGAUGGAGCAGGUUUGUAGUGAGCCGAGUCAGGACGAGCCAGAUGCAAGUGGGCGAGCAGAGCCGGAGCUCGGCCGGAGGGCAUCAGAGCCAGAGCACGGCUUGUCCAAAAUCACCCACAAUGCCCUAGAGAACAUGGGAGCGUUGGGCCAUGGUCUGAAGCAGUUCUUCCAACCACAGCGCCGACGCUCCUCCGUUUCACCGCACGACUCCGGCUCUUCCUGCACAGGCGCCUCUUCCUCUGGGCCGGCUGAUGUAGGCUCAGAAGUAGGAGACAGUCCCGCAUCCUCUGCACUGCCUACGGAAUCUGACAACACCACCUCCUCCGCCCCUCCCGCAGCUCUGAGCCGUGUCCUGCAGCAGAUCCGUGGUCCUCCACCCAUGAUGAGGAGAGGCACAAGCCUGCAGAGCAGGCGAAGCAAAACUAACUCUGGUGAGGGGCCCCAGAAAGGGAGUCCCCAGAUCCACCGGAGGAGUACCCAUGAAGCUCUGCUGCAGGCGGGACGCCCUCGCUCCUCCUCCACCACUGACACCCCCAGUAGCCCGGCCCUCACAGACAUGCUGCUCACCUCUGGUUACCACUCAACAGAGGAGCCAGAAAAGCUGGAUCGCUAUGAUGGUGCAGGGCCUGCUGUGUCGCCGAAUGCCCUCUAUGGGGCAGAUGGAUAUGACGUUGUGGACAGCACACCUGACCCUCAGCGAACCAAACAAGCCAUUGCCCAGCUACAACAGAAGAUCCUCAAGCUAACUGAACAAAUAAAAAUCGAACAAAAUGCUCGUGACGACAAUGUGGCUGAAUACCUGAAACUUGCUAAUAAUGCUGAUAAGCAGCAAAGUGCACGUAUCAAACAGGUUUUUGAGAAAAAGAAUCAAAAGUCUGCACAGACCAUUCAGCAGCUACAGAGGAAACUUGAGCACUCGCACAGGAAGCUCAGAGAGGUGGAGCACAACGGGAUCCCACGACAGCCCAAAGAUGUGUUUCGAGACAUGCACCAGGGACUCAAAGAUGUUGGAGCCAAGGUGACAGGUGGGCUUUCCAGUAUAUCCCACGCCACUCACUCCGCUGCGGGAGCUGUGGUCUCUAAGCCACGGGAGAUUGCCUCUCUCAUCCGCAACAAGUUUGGAAGUGCAGAUAACAUAGCAGGACUGAAGGACUCUCUGGAGGAUACACAAGGGGACGAAGUCGUGGGAGUGACCAGAGCUUUCGGGACCGGCCAUUUACAAUCCAUUUCCAAAUACGGCAGUGAAGAUGACUGUUCUAGCGCUACAUCCGGCUCAGCUGAGGCUAACAGCACGACUGGAGCUCCCGGGGGACCUCCUAAUUCAAAGGGCAGUACACUGGAACAUGGGCAGACUUUGGGCUAUGAGGCGAUAUUUCAAGAGAUGCAAGAGCUUCAAGAAAACAAAGGGAGGCUUGAAGAGUCAUUUGAGGGUAUAAAAGCUCACUAUCAACGUGACUACAGCAUGAUUAUGGAGGCACUUCAGGAGGAAAGAUUCAGAUGUGAACGCCUAGAAGAACAACUCAAUGAUCUGACAGAACUGCACCAAAACGAAAUUUUAAACUUGAAGCAGGAACUAGCCAGCAUGGAGGAAAAAAUAGCUUAUCAGUCUUAUGAAAGAGCCAGAGAUAUCCAGGAGGCGCUGGAGGCCUGUCAAACUCGUAUUUCAAAAAUGGAGCUCCAGCAGCAACAGCAGCAGGUGGUGCAGUUGGAGGGCCUGGAGAACGCCACGGCACGAACUUUACUGGGAAAACUCAUCAACGUGCUCCUCGCGGUCAUGGCCGUGCUGCUGGUGUUUGUGUCCACCGUGGCGAACUGUGUGGUCCCGCUAAUGAAAACACGCAGCCGCACUCUCUCGACUCUUCUCUUGGUGGUGGUUCUGGCUUUUUUCUGGAGGCACUGGGAGUCUAUCUCGGAGUAUUUGCACCAUUAUCUCCUGGACCGAAGAUGA